AACUGAAUCCCUCUGGCUUCAUUGUGGGGCUAUGGGUAUGCGUGUGUGGCUUCCUCUUCUCCCACAUCAGGGGGACAAGGCUUUCAUGGCCAAGCGCAUCAUGAUCCAAGCACCUGUCUCCAUUUAUCCCCUUGCUGUGCUGUAUGAGGCAGCAGUGGUCCUCGGUGUGGAGACGGAUACCAUCCUUUUCCCUCAGCAAACCACAUCCCAUGCUCCCAAGCUUCCAUUCUGCGUUCUGGAGAGAACGAGCGAGGUUUACCUGCAGCAUGUUCUCAGACAGCUGUUGAGGAGAAACCUUGGCCUUCCUGCUUGGGAGAUUGCUCGUACUUGCUCCAGUCUUCCUUAUUUCCCACAUGCACUGGAGCUGCUGCUUCACAAGGUGGUGGAGGAAGAGGCAACGAGCAAAGAGCCUCUGCCUGAUGCCUUGCUACCUUCUGUGGUGGACUUCAUUCGGGAAUUCCCCAUUUUCCUUCAGACAGUUGUUGGUUGCGCAAGGAAGUCAGAGCUUGCGCUAUGGCAUCACCUCUUUGCCUUUGCUGGGAACCCCAGGGACCUAUUUCAAGAGUGCAUUCAUAAAGGCCUUCUGGACACAGCAGCUAACUAUCUGGUCAUUCUUCAGAAUGUUGAGACACCUCAUGUGAGUCGAAGGCAUGCAACAGUUCUGUUAGAUGCAGCCCUGAACCAAAGCCGGUGGGACCUUGCCACCGAUCUCGUUCGAUAUCUCCGCGCCAUUGAUCCUAAUGACGUGGAAUCACCCCGAACGUCUGUGAGUUCAUUGCCGAUGUAUGGAUUAGGUGCAUCGUCCCCCCCAGUCAGCCCUAACAUGGAUGACCUUUCCUUGGUCCUUGGUUCAAUGCAAAUGACAGUGUCAUUGCCUCAUGCUGGAAUCUCCUGUUUGGACCAGGUCCCCCGAGGAAGGAGCCUGAGUGCCCCACGUGGGUCUAUUGUGAUGCCAGAUAUCCCAUCAAUGCACAAGGAGGUGACAAGGAUAAGCAGCAACGAGCCCGCCACGGCACGCAACGUCCCAGGACGGACUCCACCCAAAGGUGUCAAGGCCCCUGGAACAUAUCCAUCUGGUCCAAGAGAGUCAGAGUCCUUCAUUGAUGCCAUCUUGGAGGGUCAUGCUCGGAAGCUGAUGUCGGGGGGAUCCUUGCGUUCCCUGGGCUACUUUGCAGCCCAUCUCGAUCUUCACCUCGUGUCUUGGUUCAAGAAGGAACGGGACCGAGCAGCCAAGGUGGAGGACUUUGUGUGGAGUCUCAAGAAGCUCCACAAGGACUUUGAGUGGCCCUACCCCAUUUUGGUUCAUCCUGUCUCAUAUUAUCUUCAGAGGCUCUCCAGUGAGUCAACUCCCAGGAGCUCCUUGAGCAAUGCAGCCCCAGUGGAGUCAGGGUUGGAAGCAGGUUUCCGAGGUCUGGUCAUGGAUCUCGCUGAUCCUCCAAAUCCUCAAGCUGUGCCAGGGAAGAAAGUGGGGGAUAGUGGGUACAUCAGCUUCCCUCCACCAGAUGGCAAUGGUCCACACCUUGUUGAUGAUGUUGCUUCUGCUGUUGAGGCACCUCUCAAACCACUCAAUGUGAAGGAGAGUGAGAGCACAUUUAGCAUCAUGGAAAGUGAGGAGGAAUUGUCCUUGUGGGGGGAAGGAGAGGAUGGGGAGAAGUCACGUUCAUUAUCCUCUUCCUCUUGGGACUUCUCAGGUAUUCCAAGCCUCUCGACGUUGGAACAACUGUCACAAGAGAUGGCUAACAAGGGACCUCAUGAUGCUGAAGUCCAACUCAGGUAUUUGUUGCAAUUAUUACAAGAAGGUGGGUGCUUGGAAUGGAGUCUUUUGAUCUCGUUGGUGCUUCGGGAUGCCAUGGCCGUUCUACGGGUCCUCAAUGCUGCACGCUCCAGUCAGGUCUCUCCCGAUACCUUGGCUCGCCUCCAGGAGGGACUCCAGGACCUUGAACGUUGGACUGAUCAAGAAUGUCCGGGUUAUAAGCCCCUCAUGCUGGCCUUGCAGAGCCAAGUGAACCUCCUCCUCCGUCUCAAUCAUCAUCCCAAGACGCCUUCCAUCUCCGCAUCCUCGUCCAUGUCGGAUGCAACUCGUUGCCACCUGAACCCAUCCCACUCUGGCUCGAGUACGCCGAUGGUUCGUGAGUCGAGGUCGCGCAACGCCUCGACCUCUAGCACAAGAGAGAAGGAAAGCCCAGAACCAUCCGACGAAGGGGACCGGGACGAACCCGAUGACGUAGACGAGGAGGAGGACAAGGACGACGAAGAGCUGCGUCGAGAAGACAUUGAACGCAUGGCACGGAGUGAACCUGGCUGGUGUUCUAUUUCCUAGCCGUUUGUUACUGUGUUUGUUGCAUGCCUACAAAGACCAUACAUGGAGUUAUGGACUGUGGUUUUCCCUUUGAUGCCUUCUCAUGAGUGCAGCAGCAAAAACUAUCAUUUCAAUUGAACUAGAUGUCUUCCAGCCAGUUCCAGUCCAGAUUAUCCUUGAAUCAAUUUCUCUACUAUUCCAGAGUAUUCUAUUGAUGUAGUUUUAAAUUUCUCCCCUUCCUUUCUGUGAUGAUCUGGCUCUUGGAAUGGAACAAUGUUGCUCACUCUGUGCAAGGGAGACACAACAGAUUGCCAAAUCUCCACUACUUAUUUCUCAGUUCUGUGAUAUGUCAAAGGGAAGUAUGAACAAUCUCUCCUGUGUGCUUGCAUUGGCUUUUGCCUCUGCAUUUCAUUCCUUCUCUUUCUCUGUCUCUCUGUCAUAGAUCCCAGGAAAUGUUUACAGAUCAAGAAGAUUGCAUGCAGCCUAAAAUUUAUUUGUUGCUGAUAGACUUGCUGGGUAAUCUGGAGUGCAUUAAGGUAUUACUCUUCUGUCUUCUUUUUGUGUAAUCCAAAGUAUAAAAAUAUGAAUGCACAUGUGGCCAUUUGAAGGGGAUGAUUUAUUCAGUAUAAUUAUUAUGUUUUAUUAUAGGUCUAGAUUAUCUUCAUCGCAGCAUUGCAUUUGAGAGUUUUUUUGUUAUUUAUGAAUGGAGUUGGGACGAUAUGUUUUACGAAAUAAAAAAGUAUUUUCUGCCAA